UCAGUCAGCUUGAUUCAAAAAUCACUGCUCUGACUGAUAACAGUUUACAAAUCGAGGAAGAGAACAAGGCCAUGACUGAAAAGCUACAGAAAUACAGAGACCAAGGAUAUGAGGAGGAGAUGGAGGCUCCUUAUGAUCCUUAUAAUCUUUCCAAAAGGGAAUUGUACCAGAUCUCAAAGCCACUUUUCGAUCAAUUAUUACUAGACUUAAGAUACUCCUCCCAUAUGAGUUUUAUCAAAUCCAUAGAGAAGAGGUUGCCAGAUUGCCAAAGAAUAGAUAUCCGUUAUUUCCCAUGAGAUGAUAAGGAAGUCGUCAGUUUCCUUCAAAGCUAUUUCCCAAGAUCUGUGAAAUGGCUGAAUUUUAACUACGGGUCUGAGCUAAGAUACUUCCUGGACUAUUACAUCGGAGCUCUUCUUUCUGUCAGUGACCAGGUGACUGGAGGCUUGUUCCUUUAUAAUUUUGAAGUAAGCAGGGAAAAUCUGAUCAAAUUCCUUACUAAAAAUAAGACCAAGAAGAUUUUAGUCCUGAACAAUUGUAAGCUGCUCCUUGAUAAGGCUCCUAACUUCAGAGAUAAGCUUGAUGGAACCUGUAUAGAAGUACUCGAUCUUAGUGGAUGCGGAGAUGCUGGCCAUGGAGACUGGAGACAUAAUCCUAGAGACUUUGAGAACCUUAUCAAAGGUCUCUCCAAGUCUUCUGAUUUCAAAGCUAGCUUAAAGAAAAUCUGUAUGCUAAGAUCAAGAAUGAGAGACACUCAAAUGAGAAGUAUUCUUGAUACCCACGGAUUCAAGAAUACAGAGAUUUCUAAUGAAAUCCAAGAAUAUUAUUAACUCAACUUUUACCUGAAAA